AUGCACGCCCUCACUCUUGUUCUAUUCAUUGCGCCGGCCGCCAUGGCCGUGACGCCACGAGCGCGAGAAGGUCUGCCGAAGAGCUUCGCCCAAUCCAAGCUCAUCAACGUCUUUGCAACUUGCGGUGCAGGCCGCGUCCAGUGCGAGAAUGGAUGCAUGCCUAUCGACGCUGUAUGCUGCAACGACAACAGCGACGAGUACUGCCGCAAUGGCUACUACUGUGUCCCUAAUGCAUGCUGCCCUGAAGGGAAAUUAUGCAGCGGAUCCAGCGACGGCGAAGCCUCAUGUGAUAUCGGUGAGACUGAGUGCAACGGCCUAUGCAUGCCCUUGACUGGGACAUGCUGCGGUGACGGACUCCAUUAUUGUCCCGAUUUCGGCACGUGUACCAGUGAUGGAUAUUGCUGUGAUGUUGGCGACGAUUGCGAUGACGAUAGCAGCAGCUUCCCGAGCUCUAGCAGCAGUUCUACAGCGGAUGAUGACUUUACUUCCACUACUAGCCGUACGACAACAGCGACAGCAACCUUUACCGUCGAUCCCGAAAGCUCGUCCAGCACAAGCAGCGACACUAGUAGCGACACUACCAGCGAUACUAGUAGUGAGGAGACUUCGAGCAGCUCAUCUACCACCGUAGACUCGAACACUGAAGCGCCCGUCACCCCUGCUCCUACCGCCGUCGUCACUACAACCGUAUCGCAGCAGGCGGGGGGCAUCUUCACAGCCGACGGCAAAAUCGCCGCCGGUCUUGCCGUCGUUGCCGCGUUGUUAGUUUAA